AUGGGAGUGAUAUAAUGGAAUUCGCUCGUUGCAUUAAAUUACGCAGCAAAAAGUGCGGGGGUAAAGAGAGGAAUGAAGCAUUUUGAAGCUUUAGAAGUUUGUCCUAAAAUGAUGUUUGUUCAUGUUGCAACGAUGAUUGAGAAUCUAGAUUCAAAAAGUAAAUCAAUUGAGGAAUAGAAAUAAAUGAAAUAAGAUUGUAUUGAUUAGAAGAAUUCACUUCAGAAUAAAUCAUUGACUUCCGUUGACGAUAUCACAGAUUUGGUCGACAUAGCUCUUGAUGAAUCAUCAAUUGAAAAGAUUAUACCAUCAAGCAUUCUAAAAGUUUAAGUUUUGAGCCAUGAUAAUUCGGUACCUGCAUUUAAAAGAUUUUAGAUAGAAUAAAGAGAUAAGGAAUCUUAGAAAGUCUCAUUAGCUAAAUACCGAGCAGAAAGCAAAAAGAUUUUUGAGAUGAUCAGAAGGUAUAGUCCACUUGUAGAGAAAGCAUCAUGUGAUGAGGCCUAUGUUGAUAUCACCAAUGCAGUUAAUUUAAAGUUUAAAUACUAAAAAGAAUAGAUUUUUCCAAAAGAAUAUACGCCAGAGUCUUGGCGCAAUUGCUACUUUAUGGGCUGCCCUAAAAACGAGGGAUUAUUUACCCCUGAGACAGAAUAUGAUUUAAAACUUUUUAUUGCGAACGAUAUUGCUUGGCAAAUUAGAUAAACAAUAGAUAAAGAAUUAAAAUACAAAGCAUCAUGUGGAAUUUCUCACAACAAAACAAUGGCUAAGCUAGGAAGUUCUUAAAAUAAACCUAACGCUUAAACAGUAGUUCCUAUAAGAUACUUAAAAUAAGCAAUGAAAGACAUGAAAAUCUCAAACGUUAGAAUGUGUGGAGGGAAAGUAUCUGAUAUAUUAGAAUCAAAUGGCAUUACCUAAAUGGGAUAAAUCUAAGAAAUGAAUAAAUAAGAUUUGGAAUAAUUUCUAAGUCCUUCAACAACUCAAUGGAUCAAAGAUCUUAGCAACGGUAUUUGUUUUGAAGAAGUUAAGGAAAGAAAUAUACCAACAACUGCAAAUGCAGUAAAGACUUUCAAAAAAUGCUAUACUUUUUAAUAGUUAGAGAAAUUUAUUGGACUAGUAGUUCUUGAUCUAAGCCUUAAAGUAAAAGAAAUCUUGGAAGAUGUUGAAAUAUUUCCAUAAUCAUUUCAAAUUGGAUUCUAUGAUAGAUAAGAUAAUAAUAAGCCAAAGACUCGAAGGUUCAAAAUGAUUAGUUUGCAUGAAUUUGAAUCAGAUAAGAGAGCAUUAGUCAACUUUGCAACGACUUAAUUCUUGCUAUUUGAAAAAAAUAUAUUGCCUGCUACUUCAAUCUCAGUAGGGAUAAUGAACUUUAAAAAUAUAAAUGAACUUAAGAAUGAGAAAGCUUUAUCACUUAACAAAUUUUUUUAACCCGUCAAAAAUGAAGAUGAUUACAAGAAGAAUUAGGAGAAGAUAAAUUAAAAAUUAAAUUAAGAAAUAAGUAAAAGUAUUGAAAAGAAUGAUCUCUAGUACUCGGCUGAUUUAUAAAAGAAAAGAACUUUUCAAGAGGAGCCCAGAGAUCUUAGUAAUAGCAUGAAAAGUAAAAAGGCCAAGUUUCUUAAAAAUGAUUUUGAAAAAGGUGAUAAUUGA